AUAUAAAGUUAAAAUCCCCAAACCCUAGCACCAGAGCCGCACUCCUAAAACCUUCACCCCCUCCUUCCCGCAGAGCUCUAAACCCUAGCGCCAUGCGCCGCCCGCAGCGCCGCCGCGGUGCGGCGAAGCAGACCCGCCUCGAGGAGGCCGACGAGAUCCGUCUCCUCAACGAAUGGAUCGAAGCCGGCAAGCCCCUUCCGGGCACCAAGGCCCCGCCGCCCUCGAAAUCCGCCGGAGCGGGCCCGUCGCCUCCGGCUGUCGGGGAGCACCCGGGGUACAGCGCGUGCACGCUGUUUGACGAGUUGCCGCUGUCGCAGAUGACCAAGGAUGCGCUGCGGAAGGAGGGUUUCACGAAGAUGAGCGAGAUCCAGCGCGCCGCCCUGCCGCACGCUCUCUGCGGCCGGGACGUCCUCGGCGCGGCCAAGACCGGCUCCGGGAAGACCCUGGCCUUCGUCAUCCCGGUUAUAGAGAAGCUGUAUAGAGAGAGAUGGGGUCCAGAGGAUGGUGUGGGCUGCAUUAUUCUUUGCCCCACAAACGAUUUGGCUGGGCAAAUUUAUGCUGUGAUGAACAAGGUGGGGAAGUUGCAUGGCUUCAGUGCUGGUGUUAUUGUUGGUAAGCGCAAAGGUAUCGAGAUGGAGAAGGAACGUGUGAACAGCUUGAAUAUCUUAGUGUGCACACCUGGGCGGUUAGUCCAGCACUUCAAUGAAACUCCCAAUUUCGACUGCUCACAGCUCCAGAUAUUGGUGCUUGAUGAGGCAGAUCAAAUUCUUGAUCAUGGUUUCAAAAGUCAGGUUGAUGCUAUCAUUUCUCAGAUUCCCAAAGUUAGACAGACUUUACUGUUUUCUGCUACACAAACAAAAUCAGUUAAGGACCUUGCAAGGGUUAGCCUAAGGGAUCCUGAAUAUAUAAGUGUGCAUGAGGAAGCUAAAACAGCCACCCCGGAUACUCUUGAGCAGUAUGCCAUGAUUGUACCUCUAGAGCAGAAGCUAAAUAUGCUCUGGAGCUUCAUUAAAAGGCAUCUAAAUUCAAAGACGAUAGUCUUCUUAUCUAGUGUCAAACAGGUUAAAUUUGUUUUUGAAAUUUUUAAGAAACUUCGUCCUGGUAUUCCUUUGAAAUGUAUGCAUGGACGGAUGACACAUGUAGUACAGCAGGCCAUAGUUGCAGAUUUCAAUGAAUCUACUUCAGUUCUGUUCUCGACUGAUAUAACCUCCAGAGGACUGGAUAUACAGAAUGUGGAUUGGGUGGUACAGGUUGAUUGCCCAGAAAGCAUUGAUAAUUACAUCCAUAGAGUUGGCCGUACAGCUCGUUACAAUAAGAAAGGGAAAUCACUUAUGUUCCUUUGUCCUGAGGAAGAAGCAAUGCUUGAAAAAUUGAAGGCCACUGAAAGCAAAAUACCUAUACAUAUACGAAAGCCAAAAGCAGAACAGCUGGAGCAGAUAUCUCAGAAUAUAGCCUCGGUGCUGGUUAAAUUUCCCAAUCUGCAACAAUUGGGUAAAAGGGCUUUUGUUACAUAUCUUAAGUCAGUCUAUCUCCAGAAAGACAAAAAGGUGUUCGACCUGAGCAGGUUCUCUGCAGAGCAGUUUGCUGCAUAUGCUGCUUCACUUGGUCUGCCUGUUACCCCCACCAUUCGCUUCAUAAGCCACAAGAAGAAUGUGUCAAAGAAGGAUAUGGUGGAUCUUGAUAAGAAAAAGAUGACAUCCAGUUCCAAACCUGAAGUUAUCAUCAAUCCACAGGUCAACAGUGAUUUGAAUAAGGGUGAGGAAGAUGACGACAUCCUUUAUCCAAAGAAGAAGCCCACUGCAGAUGCUAAUAUGGAUGAUGGACUUGAUGAUGUCCUCUGUCCCAAGGAGCCUGGCACAGAUACAAAUACAGAACCAGAGAAAGUCAUCGAACUUGUAAAGCCCUUGAAAAAGAAGAAACUGAAGAUAAACGUGCACAGGCCAGUGGGAACAAGGGUCAAGUAUGAUGAUGAGGGCAACGCCAUCCCUCCUCUCGCAUCUGUAGCUGAAGAAGUGGCUUCAGAACCUAUAGUUCACAAGGAUAAAAUUUCCCAGCGGUAUUCUGAGAUGUUGAGAGAAAUGCGGGAGCAUGACAAAGAGGAUAAGCUUGAACAUAAGAAGAGUUUGCGGGAGAAGAAGCUGCAGAAGAAGCUUAAGCUUAAGCGCAAGAGGCAGGAGGAGACAGAAGUCGAGUCAGAGGAGGAUAGCGGCUCGGAGUCUGACAGAGGCCAAGAUGUAGUUAGAAAGGGCAAAAAGAGGUACUUCAAUAGCGACGAUGAAGGUGAUGACACUGUUAAGGAUGGUGAUGUCCUCGCUCAGCAGGAGGCCUUGGCCCUGAAGCUCCUGAGUAAAAUGCACAGUUAACUUGGGAGACUGAUGGGCGUAAGUUGCCGUGGUGGUGGUGGUUGUCUAGCCUAGUGAGCUCUCCAUUCCCGAGGGCGUGAAAUUUUGAUCAUGUAUUCGCUUUGUUUUCUUAAUAUGAGAUAUUAGCCUACUUAUCAGUCAUAUCCAGCUAUUAAGAGAAAAUCAAUGGUAACCUGCCUAGUUGUGAAAGAAAUAUGGAUCUAAAUAGUUUAAGCUACACUUCUCUUUUUGAAUUUAAAACAAUAGGAAAAAUGUCCGCUUCAAUCUAA